GCAGCCCACAGUAGAGGGAAAAAAAGAGCUGCCAAUUCCCAAACCCCAAACCGCGUAAAAUCGGGAAAAUGAAAGAGAAUAUAUAGGAAAGAGAAGAACUGAAAGACAACAGUUUGAGAUUCAGACGCGAGCGUCGGAAGCGGGGAAUUUAUUUUCUCAUUUCCUCUCCAUUUUGUUCUUUCUUUCGUCUUUCACUUGACUUCCACAGAGAGAGAAAAAGAAGGAAAGAACACGUUCAACGUUUUUCUAAAGGAUGCAGGGGCGUCAGGAUCAACGGUCGAGAUCUGCCAAGCCCACCACCAUUCAUGGGUUUGCUCAAUCUGGGGAUCUUGUUGGCCUCCAGAAGCUGCUCAAGGACAAGCAUUUUCUUCUCAACGAGAGAAACCCUGUUAUGGCACAGACACCAUUACAUAUUUCUGCUGGAUAUGAUAGAGCUGAGAUAAUUAAAUUUUUGCUUGACUGGCAAGGACCAGAAAAAGCUGAGCUGGAGGCCAAGAAUAUGUAUGGAGAAACUCCAUUGCAUAUGGCAGCCAAGAAUGGAUGUAAUGAUGCUGUGCGGUUGCUUCUUGCUCGUGGUGCUUUCAUUGAAGCUAAGGCUAAUAAUGGAAUGACACCAUUACACCUUGCUGUUUGGGACUCGAUUCGAUCUGACAACCAUGCAACUGUCAAGACACUACUUGAGUACAAUGCUGAUUGCAGUGCUGAGGACAAUGAGGGUAUGACUCCUAUAAAACAUCUUUCAAAAGGCCCCGGAAGUGAGAAGUUAAGUGAACUAAUCCACUGGCACCUUGAAGAGCAGCAAAAGAGAAGAGCACUUGAAGCAUGUGGUGAAACAAAGGCUAAGAUGGAUGAACUUGAAAAGGAACUGUUGAAUAUUGUGGGCUUGCAUGAGCUCAAAGUACAACUCCGGAAAUGGGCAAAGGGGAUGCUCUUGGAUGAAAGACGCAGGGCACUUGGGUUGAAAGUUGCUGCCAGAAGACCUCCUCAUAUGGCAUUCCUUGGCAAUCCUGGAACAGGUAAGACCAUGGUAGCUCGGAUUCUUGGGAAAUUACUUCAUAUGGUGGGAAUUCUACCUAUUGACAAGGUAACAGAAGUCCAACGGACAGAUUUGGUUGGUGAAUUUGUUGGACACACUGGGCCAAAGACAAGGAGAAAGAUCCAACAAGCAGAGGGAGGAAUUCUUUUUGUUGAUGAAGCAUAUCGUUUGAUACCCAUGCAAAAAGCAGAUGAUAAGGACUAUGGAUUGGAGGCCUUAGAAGAGAUCAUGUCGGUAAUGGACAGUGGAAAAAUUGUAGUCAUAUUUGCAGGGUAUAGUGAACCAAUGAAGCGUGUAAUUGCUUCUAAUGAAGGGUUCUGCAGAAGAGUUACAAAAUUUUUUCAUUUUAGUGAUUUCAACUCCGACGAACUAGCCAAGAUCCUCCAUAUCAAGAUGAAUAAUCAAACAGAAGAGAGUUUGUUAUAUGGAUUUAAGUUGCAUGGUACUUGCAGUGCGGAUGCAAUAGCAAGACUAAUAGAAACAGAAACAUCAGAAAAGCAGCGUAAGGAGAUGAAUGGAGGUUUAGUUGAUCCAUUGCUAGUUAAUGCUAGGGAGAACCUAGAUCUUAGACUCAAUUUUGACUGUAUAGAUGCAGAUGAACUGCGUACCAUAACCUUAGCAGACCUUGAAGCUGGCAUUCGUCUUUUAUCGCAAUCACUAAUGGUUUCAGUCAAAGCUUAGAAGCAUGAAUAUAUUCUCUAUCAUUCUCAAGUGACGUGGAUGGGAUCUCAUCGAAUCAAACUAAAAGGCUUCAUUCAUGAUAUUCCUCCAAGGAUCUUUGUCAAUUUGUUGCAAGUGCUGCUGAAAACUCGGAAGAUGGUGAGUGGGCUACAUAUAUCAGGGAGCUUAUUCUUGUAGAACUUUCAUUUGGCUUGCUACUUCAUUCCCCUAAAGGGCAUUCUUUUUUGUAUCAUGUUAUAGGAGUGUUCAUUUGUUUUGCAGGGCAGCAAUAAAUUUCUUUUCCAGCAUCUCUGGAAGGAUGCUUGGGUUUUGUUUUGCACAAAAUUUCUAUUCAUGUUUUCUUAUAUACCUUGAACCUAAACAAAUAGUGAUCCAUGUCUGCAUUAUUUCAUCUUGGCCUUGGGCGUGGACUUGUGAUAUCCUUGUUGUAAUUAUUGCUAAUCACAUCAGAAAAAUGAUUAAGAACUUGAAAGAUAAAUUGUGAAUAAUUGCAGCAUUGUCGUUUACCCAUUAGAUUCAUGGAUUUGUUUUUGAGUUGGCAACUUAAUCA